AUGUUUGAAACGAAUCCAAAUUUACAACAGUUCACAAUCGGAAUCGUGUAUUGUUUCAUAGCUUUCCUUGCGUUUCCUGUAUAUAUUCAAAUUAUCCACACAAUAUAUUUUACAAAAGAACUUAACGAUAAUGUAUCAUAUAAACUUAUCAACACAAUGAAUAUUGGUGACCUCGUUCAAUCGUUUCUUCAUGUUCUCACUGGACUGUUCAUAAUAUUUCCCACGUUCACACAGAAAGUUCUAACAUUUGUAAAAAUUGUUGGAUAUACAAAUAAUUGCCUCUUCAAUUCGAGUUUCGUUAUCAUCGCUGUUCUGGCAUUGAUUCGAUUGGGCGUCUCUUUUUUUCAUCUCAAUACAAACAAAUGGAAGUUUUGGAUGAAGAAAAAGCGUCAAACUCAAAGUUACUCCUCUCAUCGAGCUGAAAUUGCAAUUCUUAUUCAGGCAAGUGUUCUAACAACAUAUAUGGGCCUACUAAUGGCUCUUUGGCAUAAUGCCGAGUUAUGGUUUGAGAUGACUGAUAUUACGUUCGCUUGUCUCAAUGGUUCAUGGAUUGUGUUUCCUCAUCUCAAUUCUUUUUUAUUGAUUGUGACUAAUAGAAGUAUAAGAAUGCAAUUUUUGACACUUAGAUCGACUAAACCGAAUUUUAAUGUCGCUGCAUCAUCGACUACUGGAGUCAAAAUUCUUUUCACUAGAAGCAGUGCAACUGUUACAAUGAAAUAA